AUGGCCGAAACCGCAGCACACACCUUCUCCCCCGUCUCUAACGAAGUCGUCAACUUGGCGAUUGCCGAGCUAGUUCUCUAUGGUCUCAUGUUUCCUCCCGCGAUAUGGAUCACCUGGAAGCACGGAAAGAAGGGCAUGGUCUGCUGGCCUAUCCUUGUCUCUCACUUCGGCAUGAGAUUCAUCGCCGACAUCUACCAAGUUGUCAAAAGGAACGAAACAUUGCUCCCGAAUCAGUUCAAUAUUAUGACUAGCGCUGGUAGCUUGGCUUGUCUGUCCCUGACUUUGAUCGGCAUUGUCUACGAAGCCAACAUCAUCCUGCCCGGAUCACCGAAGCGAUGGAACGAGAAGAUCCUUUUGGGCAUCACUCAUCUUUGCAACACUGCGGGCAUCGGUAUGGCCACAUAUGGAGGUUCCCCGAGUCACGAGGGCGGCCUCAUCAACAACACCUUGAACCAAAUCGGUAACUGCUUGGAGCUGUUCAUGAUAUUCGCCGUCUGCGCUUGGUUGUGGCCCACCUACAAGAAGAUUAGAUCUUCAUCCAGACCCAACUGUCUCCCUGCUAUGUUCAUGAUCCGCGCCGCCGUCGUCGGUCUGCCCUUCCAGCUGAUUCACCUAGCCUACACCACGACCUACGCCUUCAACCAGAUCUCCAGCCUCGACCCCGUCAUGGGUUCUUUCGGUACGAAGCUUGUCCUAAUCUUUGGCACGUACCUUGGUGUCACCAUUGCCAUACUCGCAGGCGGCUGGCUCGGCAUGAGCACGGAUGUGCCCAAGGCUAUGCAGGUGGAACCCAUCCCUACCGAUGUCGAAGGCAACAACAAUCAUGUGCGUGACUAA